GAAGGAAUCAAUAGACUUUAGUUUCCAGAGAAUCCUUCCGCGUCAGGCCCCACAGGGACAUGUUUCAGCCUCGUGCUGCAGUGGAAUUACACCCGACCCUAAUUACCGAGGUCUGAUUUGUAUUUAGUGAGAUCAAGAAGGUAGUUUAUGUAAAGACAUGGAGCGCACGAGAGCAGCGCGUAAAAGCGAGUGGCUCCGGAGCGCCCUGGCCCACCACCACUGCCCGGAUCCUGGCGUGGAGAACGAAAUCGUCGUCUUGGCUAAUGGAAUAGACCAAUACCUGCAGGAGGUCUUCCACCACCUGGCCUACCCCAACCGGGAGGACACGGUGUCGGCGGAGGACUUCAGCGCGCUCUGUGCCGUGCUGGGGACCGGAAAGAGGACAAUCAGUGGAGAAAAACACGAGGAACAUGAAGAGUUUGCAGAUGUUUGUUCUGGGCUUCCCGGCCAGCUGUGCUUUAAAGACUUCCACUCACGGCUCUGUGGAUAUUUCCGAGUGCGCAGUGCAAGGAGAGGGGACUGCGCGUGGCGGCUGCCGGUAACCGAGGACACGGAGCUCGUGCAGAUGCAGAUCAGGGUCCGGUGGCCCCGGGUCAGGAGGAGGAAAUGUGUGACUUUUGAUCUGGCGAGGGAUCACAAUGGACCCGGUAACAGGGUGAUGAAAGGAAGAGCCCCAGAGGACAGGAGCGAGUCAGAUGAGGUAGCAGCUCUGAGGGAGCUGGUGGAGGACCUCCGCUCGGCGCUGCAGGGGAGCGACGCUCGCUGCCUGGCCCUGGAGGUGGCCCUCCGUCGGGAGAGGAGCCGCACCAUCCCUUCUCCGCCCGUCUCCGCCCCCACAGUUUCAUCUCCAACCACCUCCAUCACCCUGGUGCAGGGAAAGCUGGUACCAACACAGAGGAUUAAAGGACAGUGCAGUGGAGGAGACACAGCGAGGAAGGGGGCACGCAGACAGGAAAUCAGAGACCCUCUUAUACGGGAGCUGAAGCUGAUCCGCUCCUCACGGGACGGGCAGCUGGAGGAGGCCAUGAAGUUCAACGAGCGUGCGGAGGAGGAGCUGCGAUGGGCGUACCAGGAGGUGCAGAAGCUUCACAGCGUGGAGUCUGCUCUGAGGAAGGAGAACGCUCAGAUCAGGAGGAGGGCAGAGGAGGCCAGGGAGGCUCUGAGUCAGGGGCUGCAGAGGGUCCGGAUGAUCCAGCAGCAGGCUCAGUGUGUGCCGCAGCUUCAGACCACCAUCACACAGCUGGAGGCCGAGCUACAGCAGUACAGAUCCCGCUGCACCUGCAUCCCUGAUCCAAAUAUACAAAUGAACCCAACUGGUGAAGACGACGUCUGUGGCAAGACAGAGGAAGAGUGUCUGCAGAGAGCCGUGGAAGGGAAAGCUGCCUCUGAUGAAGAGGAGGACGACAGAGGGAUCAGGGAGGAAGGACCGUUGGAGGUGAAGAAGCACCGGCUGCACAGCUGUGGAAAAGGAUGUCAGAGUCAUGUGAUCUCUCAGAGUCACCUGCAUGAUAGAAACUUCAUCAGCACUUCUUUUAAGGACAGCAGGGGGCGCUGCAGCCGGAAGGGACCGAAACAAGAGCAGCAGGGAGGGAGCUUUGAGAAAGAAAAGAGGCCCAAAGAAGAGGAGGACAAGACAAGGCCGGAGGAGAAGACACGUCUGUCUCUGCUGGAGGAGAAACUCACUGAUGCCCUCACACUGCUGCUGCAGCUACGCAACAAGAACGUGUCCCGCAGGACCCUGGGGAAGAUAGUGAUGGAUACUCUGGAUGUGUGCAGGGCUGGAGACGGUCCCUCUCAGGUGCUGCAGGUAGCUGACGCGCUCUGUGUCCGGCUGUCCUCCAGGGAUCUCCUGGGAAUCGGAGGGGAUGAUGAAGGAGGGGAGAGCAGAGAGAAAGCCCUGGUUUCAUCUUCAGGGUGUCAAACCAGCAGCGUAAACCCUCUGCUCAUCUCCUGUUAAAUACAGAUUUGAUAUUCAACUUAAUAAUGAUUCCCGUGGCUGCCAAAUGAACUGCAGUCAGUAUCCUGCUGCUAGCGCUCGUGCUCCGUAAGCGUGACAAAGAAAAUACUGGUAUCAUGUUGAUAUAAUAAUGUCAAAUAAAUCACAAUUUUAUUUAUAUGUGUUUUUUAUCUGUACAUUUGAUUUGGACCAUUGGUUCCAUGAAUGACUGACACCUAAAACAAGAGUCUGCAGAUUAAAUAUUUAGCUAGCUAAUGUAAGCUAAUGUUAGCUUGCUUGCUAACUUCGUCAAAAUGCUAGCUCGCUAAUUCUUCAAAAUAGUCUCAAGUUUACUAAUUCAUCCAGACUCUUGGAGCUGAUCUGUCUGGUAUAUUUGCUAGCUUGCUGUUUUUAAAUUGAUUCAUUAGCUAACGUUACAAAGCAACCAAUGCCAGAUCUAUCCGCAGAGCUAAGCUACAGCUAGCUGCACUGUUAGCAUCGAGUUAGCAUUACACAACAUUCUUUCAAUUGUCUCCCAAAAAAACAGGCUGUGAUAGGCCAACAAUAAAGACAGGAUCAUUCUGCACUAAAUUACCUAUAAUCCAAUCACACAUUUGCAAUACAAAAGUUAUUAACUGACCAUUUAAUGAGUAAAAAGUGACUUUAAAUGAUUCACUACUGUAGUACUUACAUCUUUGGCUUGUUUGCACACGUCAGUUUCAGCUGUUUACCCCAUAUUUCAUGCUGGUUCGAUGUAUUUAAAGAUGAAUUGUAUUCAUAAUAAUUUUAUCUGUUUGUGUUAUAUUUUGUAUUUAAUUUCAAUGAUUAAAUGUUUUAUCCAAA